UUCGUACUGUUUCUGAAGGGUUUGUUUUGAGAAGCAGAAAACUAAUUUCAGAUAAUUGUAUUUUUGAAUUAUUUUAUGUAUUUUAGCAUAUUAUAUAUCACUUUUAUAACAACCCUGGACCUUUAUAACAGCUGGAGGAUCUGAGGCUCAGAACCGACUCCACACCGAACCGAAGAGUGAAACCGCCUGCUAUCUAAAACACUGAAACUGAGGUUCGAGUUGUUGCGAUGGAUUUUACGAAAUCAGCCACGACUUUGCCGAACCAGAAGAUUCUCUACGACAAAGCAUACUCCGAUGCACUACGAAACAAUGAGACGGAAGCUGCACGCUGGACUUUGUACCGAAAGGAACACGAGGAGCUCAAAGAGCACGUCAACAUGUAUAAAAAGACGCUUCGCAACGACAUACUCAUUCCAAUGGGCUCCAAAGCACUGCUGCCAGGACAAGUCUAUCAUACCGGAGAGCUGCUGAUCAGCCAUGGGGAUGGAUACUUUUCCGAGUGUUCGGUCGAUCAAGCAUUCACGAUUGCAGAUCGUCGAAUUCGCUUAGCAGAUGAAAUGCUAGCGAAAUACGAACGGGAACAAACGCUGUACAGUAAUAAGCUGGAAGCUCCAUUUGUUAGCAACGCAUUUGCUGAAGAAGGCCAGGAAAUAAUUGAAGUCUAUGAUGAGGCUGCGGAAAAGCGCUGGCGCGAAGAGCAUGCGAAAAGGAUGCGGCAACAUAAACAGCGAGAAGCUGCAGAGCGCAAAAACGCGAGUAAAACGACGACGGAAGGGCAAGACAAGGACUUGUUUGAGCAUCUUGAAGAAUUGGAGUUGCUUGAGGAACUCGGUAAUGAAUUAGAACAACUAGAGACCGCCAUGGAAGAAAGCGCCAAUGAACAGAUACCCCACAUUAUGCGUGCUGGUAGGCCAAUAGAACAGAAACGGAGGAUCGCACAUCCUGGUGCUUCGGAAAACAUCCAAAACAUAUCUUCGCUCUCGUCAGCAUCCGUCGCCUGUGCUGGCAACGAUUAUGAUGCCUCAGCAAAAGGAAUGGUUACAACAGACCAUGAGAGAAGCAUCUACGGCAGCGAAAGCGAAGACGACGAUGAAAGCAUUGAUGAAAACCUAACCCCGGAGUUCGUGAAACUAUUAAACGAGACAAAGACCAUGAACACCAAGGAGAAAUUGGGUGUCUUUGAAGCAAAACUUCGAGACGUUCGGCAACAAUUGAACCUCAAAACGACCUCUAUAUUAGACAAAGUGGAUCUGUACCAAAUGCAUGAAGAGCUUGAAGAGGCGAUAGAUUUCUUAAAAUCAGAUCCUGAUGAUCCUGAGGAAACGGUAGGAAAACAAGAAAAGAAUACCGAUUCAACCGUGAAAAAGAUUCACUUUGCCGAGCAUGAUGAGAUAAAAUUUAUCGAAAGCUGUGACGAUUCAACAAAGAUGAAGGAUAAUGCAUUCUGCACUACUAACAAAACUCUUUUCAUACCGAUUGUGCACUAUUCUGAUGUUCCAGCAACAAUUGCCCCUACCGUUGAUGCCGAGAUCGUCUCUCCGGCCGAUAUUUAUCGUUUGUUUGUCGAUGAGACCACCGGCAAAAAUCCAGUGCGUGAAAGGAAAUCAAUUCUUAAAAAACCGCUCCAAGCUUUCCAGCCAAGCACCAAAACUGUGCCAGGACCGAUUGCGGCCUUACUCUCGGAAACGAACAAUCAUAAUGACUUGAAAAUUAAGCAGCAUGUAUCUGGAAAAGGACAAGUCAUGGAUAUAAUAGGAAAAAUAGUUGAGCAUCAAACGCACGACCGGCAGUUAAACAAUUCGAAACAACAAACCUCGAACACAAGGAUGAGUAGGUUUAAGCAACACCGGGUGUAGCAAGUGAAGAAAUAAAAGUGAUUAAAGUAUAAAACUGUCUGAUGAUGUAUUCAUAUUUAUUAUAGAAUCAAAUUGAAAAAAAUGGGAUUUCUUGUUU